CUCGCGAGAGGACGUGCCACAGCACGGCCUGUCGAUCACCUGGCCCCGCCCCACGCCAGCGCGCCCCCGGGCGCGCUCCGCCCCCAGCCCUGGCCAGGCGGGAAGCGAACGCGCGCUCCUUCCCGUUACCCUUCGCCUAAGGGGAGGGCGGGGGGGGGGGAGCGGAGGCGCGCGCUCGUGGGCUACGUGCUCGCGUACGUCGCCCGGGUUCUGCUGCGUCCGUCCCGCCGCCCGCCCGUUGCCGCCGCCGCCGCCGCGCUCUAGCUUUGCCGGCCGCCGCCUAAGGGGGGCUGGGGCCGGGGCCAUCACCGCCGUUGCCGGGAUGCCGCGGGUGUACAUCGGCCGCCUGAGCUACCAGGCCCGGGAGCGCGAUGUGGAGCGCUUCUUUAAGGGCUAUGGAAAGAUCCUGGAAGUGGAUCUGAAGAACGGAUAUGGUUUUGUGGAGUUUGAUGAUCUGCGUGAUGCAGAUGAUGCAGUUUAUGAACUGAAUGGUAAAGACCUUUGUGGUGAGCGAGUAAUUGUUGAGCAUGCCCGCGGCCCACGUCGAGAUGGCAGUUACGGUUCUGGACGCAGUGGAUAUGGUUAUAGAAGAAGUGGCCGAGAUAAAUAUGGCCCUCCUACCCGCACAGAGUACAGACUUAUUGUGGAGAAUUUGUCAAGUCGGUGCAGCUGGCAAGACCUAAAGGAUUAUAUGCGUCAGGCAGGAGAAGUGACUUAUGCAGAUGCUCACAAGGGACGCAAAAAUGAAGGGGUGAUUGAAUUUGUAUCUUAUUCUGAUAUGAAAAGAGCUUUGGAAAAGUUGGAUGGAACUGAAGUCAACGGCAGAAAAAUCAGAUUAGUUGAAGACAAGCCAGGUUCCAGACGACGCCGAUCCUACUCCAGGAGCCGGAGCCAUUCAAGGUCUCGCUCUCGAAGCAGACAUUCCCGUAAAAGCAGAAGCCGAAGCGGCAGCAGCAAAAGCAGUCAUUCUAAGAGCAGAUCCCGGUCCAGGUCAGGCUCCCACUCCCGGAGCAAGAGCCGCAGCCGCAGCCAGAGCCGCGGCCGGAGCAAGAAGGAGAAGAGCAGGAGCCCCAGCAAGGACAACAAGAGCCGCAGCCGCAGUCGCAGCCUGGGCAAGAGUCGCAGCAAGAGCAAAGACCAGGCUGAAGAGAAGAUCCAGAACAACAGCAGCACCGGCAAGUCCAAGAGCCGAAGUCCUAGUAGGCACAAAAGUAAAAGCAAGAGUCGGAGCCGGAGUCAAGAGCGGAGAGCAGAGGAGGAGAAGCGGGGGAGUGUGAGCAGGAGCAGGAGCCAGGAGAAGGGCAGGAGUCAGGAGAAGGGCCUCCUCAAGAGCCGCAGCCACAGCCACAGCCGUGGGGGCAGCAGGAGCCGCAGCCGCAGCAAGAGCAAGGACAAGAGCAAGAGCAGGAAGAGAAGCAGGGAAGAGAGCCGCAGCCGCAGUCGCAGCCGCAGCAAGAGCGAGAGGAGCAGGAAGCGGGGCAGCAAGCGAGACAGCAAGGCAGGCAGCAGCAAAAAGAAGAAGAAGGAAGACACCGACCGCUCGCAGUCACGGUCACCCUCCCGCUCAGUGUCAAAGGAGCGCGAACACACCAAGUCCGAGUCUGGCCAGAGGGAAGGCCGAGGGGAGAGUGAGAGUGUUGGCACCAAUCAAGAGACCCGGUCUAGGUCAAGAUCGAAUUCCAAAUCGAAACCAAACCUUCCGUCAGAAUCACGCUCCAGAUCAAAGUCAGCUUCAAAAACCCGAUCUCGGUCCAAGUCUCGAUCCAGGUCUGCUUCCAGAUCAGCCUCCCGGUCUAGAUCUAGGUCCCACUCAAGGUCCUAACUGGCUACGACCACAGCUGGAACUACCCAGGAAGUCUUUUGUACAUGUUUGGUAGCCGUAGCACAAGUGAUUGAAGUAGAACAUGUCACUGCUGUACAUUUUUAACUCCCCUAAUGGUGUGUCUAUAAUUGUUAAAUCUAAGUGCUUCCUCUCAGUAAAGCCUCCUGGCACCAGGCCUUCCUGCUCGACUGAAAAAAAGUUUCUCUUUGAAAACCCCCCUUUACUCAUGGCCCACAGUAGAAUAUCCAAAACGCCUUGGCUUUCAGGCCUGGCCUUUCCUACAGAGAGCUCAGUCCCUGGACGGCACUAAGGCUGGAAUGAUGACAUAGGUAGGUACGGUGAGUUCAACCAUUUUUGCUCUUGAAUUGAUGCCCUUUGAUGUAUGCCAUUUAGUGAAAGUGCUAAGUCUUAAGUUUCCUACCACUUUGGUUUCAUAUUUUUGGACUUAACAAAGUUGUGAAUAGCACAGUCGAGGAAAAUUGAUACCUGCAGUAACCCAUAGGAAAUAAACUGUAGAGUUCCAUAUUCUGGUAUUGUGAUUAUAUUGUUUUAUAUUAAAAAAGAAAAUAAAAGAAUUUUUUUUAAUUUUAUUUUUCCCCGUCUUGCAAAGUAUAGUGACCCCUGUUUCCAUUAAAUUUGAAUAAAGACUAUUUUUGCUUGACAAAA